AUGAUCAAAGUCGCAGUCGUUGGCACCAACGGGUUGGCCCAAUACAUUGCCAACAGCAUCGCGACACAGACCUCUCAUCAGUUCAUAAUCCUGUCUCGAAGGCCUAGUCCAGGUCUGACAGCGAGAGGAUGGCAGGUGCUCCAAGUCGAUUACUCAAACCCUGCAGACCUCAAGUUCAAACUGGCCGGUGUCGACACUGUCAUCUCAACAGUCAGCGGCAAUGCCCAACUUGCUCUGAUUGAUGCAGCAGCGGCAGCCCACGUACGUCGCUUUGUCCCCUCCGAGUUUGGUGGGCCUCCUUCUCUGCGUCCACAGAACGAUCUUCUUGACAACGGCCGUCGUGCAGCCAUUCUUCGGCUUCAUCAACAUGAACCUUCAGGCAUGCGGUUCACAGUCUUCACUUGCGGCGUCCUCUACGAGAGAUUCGCUCCUGGAGGCAUGGCGGCCUCACAGAUCGGUCUGCGAAGUAACAUCGGGCAGGAAGGGGACUAUCUGAUGGACUUCCGUCGAAGGCGGGCACAGGUCCCUUAUCUCAACAGCGCCGGACAGCCUGCUACAAUUUGCAUGACAUCGGCUGCUGACGUCGCGAGGUUUGUGGUCGCAGCCCUGGACUUGCCUUCGUGGCCGAGAGAAUUCCGCCUGCGAGGCGAGCGACUGUCGGUACGAGAUGUAGUGGCCAUCGCUGAGGAAAUCCAAGGCCGGCCAUUUGAAAUCUCGGGCCAUACAAGGAGUUCGUUACAAGAUGCAUUGACCUACGCCCGGGCCGUAGGAGACCAUGCGCGAGAGACUCGGGUUCAUCAUUUGAUCGCCACUGCCGAAGGUCGUUAUGAUUUUGUCAAUACCAACCUCAACCAGCUGGUGGGAGUCCGGCCGGAGAGCUUUCGCGACUGGCUUAAGAUCGUCCCGACAAAGGGAGGCAAAGUCAUAUCCUGCGUGCUGUACAAUAUGAGACCAGUUGCCGGGUGGGGCGAGCUGCCGCGCCGCAGCAAGAUUGGGAUCUUCAUGUGCCAGUUGGCUUAUGAAGCCCUUACGAAAUGGGGAUGCCAAAACGGAAGCCCAACCGCUGACCGAGCCAAUGCCGACCUGUACCUGCCGAUAUGCAUUACGAAUGAAGCACUCUCCAAAAUCGGCAAUUGGAUCAAGGCGCGAUACCCAUAA